UUGAUUGAAAAUGGCAUAAAGCAAAAUACUGUUUAAACAGGGUUAAAAGUUUUUAAAUGUUUUGGCUAGUUUAUCAGUUUGAUCUCUUAAUUGUCAUUAAGUACAGUUUAUAAUUUUGAAGUUAGAAACAAUCAAUCGUUCAUCAGAACAAGUCUUCUCAACCAGUUAUUGCCAGUGUCGACUAAACCAGUUAGCGAGAGCUCUAAAAGAGGAGGCACGCCAAAACUGUUGAAGAUUUCAAUUUUCUCUUGCGCUCCACCCAGUUUGCACUCGGUCAUUUCGUAUGGUCAUGUCCGAACGUAGACAGGAAGAAUAUGAGACGGGGCACGAAUCAGGAUCCGGGUACUUUCUAUAUAUUUUUCAUACUUCCGCUAUCGCUCUAAAUUUUCUAUUAGAUAAUGUCACUGACCUAUCGGUGGAAGUUGCAGGCCUACAUUAGUAUUAACGUUAAGUAUAAAAUAAGGCGGCAAUUUUUAUACGUGAAACGAAUAUACUAAUAUUCUAUUGGGAUAGCUCAAACGUUAAGUAAAACAUGUUGUUUUAAUCGCCUUAAAACGUUACUUUCAUCAGUGUCAUCUUUUAAAACAUACUUCUCUUUUAAUAAUUAUUAUGAUCCGAAUUGUUAAAUGAAGUAGCUCUUUAAUUCUACCGUUAAGACAUAUACAGAAAUUAUUUUCUAAGAAUCGUUCACACGUGCAUGCGACCCAAUCAAGCCCGCAGGACACUCUUUCCAGAAUCAACCUCAGAACAGGCUUUGAAAAAAACAAGCCACCAACCAACUGGGUUCUCAACUACGAAAGAGUGUCAGUUUUUCCAUCUGCGCUUUCGUACUUCCUUCUGUCAAUUCGUUGACGACAGUUCUAACGUUGCUAGCAAAUGUACGUUGGGUAAAAUGGGGGAGGCAGUAAAAGUGAUCUGUUUGAUACUCAAGGACAUUCGAGAUCGGAGUACAUAUCUACACGACUUUCGUUUCGUUUCAGUGCAAGACUGAGCAAACGAUUGACUCCUAGACCGGAAAAAUUGGACGAUAGCCGAAGAGCCGACGUUGAAACUCGGCACAAGUUUUAGUCCUCUCCUUCAGCCGUCUUUGCCCGGCAGGAUAUCGUAGUCUCUCCACAGCCGAUACUUUACCGAUUGUGCAUGUGGUUAGUGAACUGAGUUACGUCCAAGAGUGAGUGUAUCGAGGAACUGGUAGACAGGGACUAUGGAUGUACACGUAACCACAUCGGAUCAAGGUCAGGGAUCAGGUGGACAUCCCGCUCAUCGCUGGCCUUACGAUGCUCCCCGAAUGGGUUCUGGACUAGAAAGUUCUGGUAAUCUUCUAGCACCGGACGAUGUCGACGUAUUUUUCCAUUCUUUGGAUAGUAAUGGAAAUCCAGUCAAUCCAGCUACUUACUAUGCCAGCCCAGCUGCAGCGAGAGCAAUGCAUAACUACAGAACUCCUCACGCACGAAUGUCUACGAGUCAAAUGUGCAGACCUCAUUUCCACUCUCCGCUUCAUCCAUGGAUCUCGGACGCGAAACCAAUGGUUCCUCAUCCCGCACAUGGAACUCCCUGGUGUUCACCUUUCACUAGUAAACCUCCACAUCAUCCGAGUCCUACAGGUGGUCACUUGGGUGUCCAUCCAGCUCCACCACAAGUUCCCAGCUCUAUCGCCAGUUCACUGCCUUCUCAUUCCAGUCCUCAUCUGUUCAGUUUUCCUCCCACACCACCUAAAGACGCCACGCCCGAUAAUGUUACCAACGGUGGAAGUUCAGCCGAUUACGGUCCCAGUUCGGGGUCUCUGGUGUCCGUCGGAGACGACAAAGGUCCAACAGCCAGCAUGAUAACAACUCUCGGAUCGGCCCUUACUAACUGCUCCAGUAACAAACCUCGUGAAGGUAGUAAUGCCUUUGCAUCUUCCCUUAGCCCUGUGCACCAUCAGACAGCCCAUCCCAUGCCACCCUAUCAUCCCCCUUACGUAACGGGCCCUCCUGCAGGUGGACCACCAAGCUCGGCCGAUCUUUCAGCAUCACCCUACUCUUUCCAUUCGGCAUCGUCUCUUCUAAGUGCAAAGAAUUCUCUACAGUGUUCGUCGACAUCACCAGGGAAGCAGAGAACCAAAGGGAGGUCCAGCGCCGGUAAGAAAGAAGAAUGGAACGGAAAAUUCAUCGAAAAGUCUAACACUACUAAUCCAGACCAAGCCAAUUUAUAUCUUUCAUCUGCUGAAUUGUUCCCAUCUUCUUCAUUUAAUUCUUCUCACGAAACAGUUGGUAAUAUUUAACAUCGGCAUAGGGCCCAUUACCCCAAACCUAAGUCCCUUUC